AUGGCAGAACAGACACCAACCUACACAAGCACAGUCAGAUCGGGGGGUACUGUGAGGGGAUUGGUAAAGCCCCAGUCUCCACAGAUCUUAAGCUGCCCUGUCAGUGGCGUCCCAGGUGUCCCCGGAGUGCCAGGGCUCAAUGGAAGAGACGGGGCUAAGGGGGACCAAGGACCUGCGGGAGCUCCCGGUAAAAUGGGACCUCCGGGCCCUGGGGGGUCCAGAGAAGGCCAAGGACCCGUCGGACCACCUGGAGAAAUGGGCCCUAAAGGACCCAAGGGCGACAAGGGCGAACAGGGCCCCUCGGCUGUGGUCCCUCAGAGGAACUGGAAACAGUGCGUCUGGAAAAAGUUGAACGAUGACAGGGAUUAUGGCUUGAUAAAGGAUUGUGUCUUUGUGAUGAGAAACCAAGACACAGCAUUGAAGGUGGAGUAUGAUGGAGAUUUCCGGAUUUGUUGUUGUGUGUUUUGCUGCAAGCGUUGGUACUUCACCUUCAAUGGCAUAGAAUGUUCUAAGCCAAUCACUAUCGAAGCGAUCGAUGUUCUUUACGCUAAUCACGGCAGAACAGACACCAACGUACACAAGCACAGUCAGAUCGGGGGGUACUGUGAGGGGAUUGGUAAGGGCACCGUACGCGUGGGACUGGCGGUCGGAGAUUGUCCUGGUUUCAAAAGCGGUUCUGACGCGUAUACUGGGUACAACUCAGUGGCUCGAAUCAUUAUCGAGGAAGUCCCUAAGCCACAGUAG